CUUGCCUAAUUUGGGCAACUGAGUCCGCCGGAGCUCCGCCUAUUCCGAGUUACUCCUCCGAAGCCCCGGUUUCCACCACACAAAAGUCCGCAUUAAUAAGAAGCGCAUCGCAUACCUGACUUCGCGUUGGCAAUCGAGACAGCAUGACCGCGGAACCAGUAUGGAGUCAAACACAAGCUCGAUGCACGCUUCGCCCCGGGUACCCGCCAGUCCCAGCUUACCUCCACCUCCGAGCGACAUCGGGCCUUUACCCCAAAACACCAGCCCAAGCCGAGCCCAUCGCACGCAACAGCUGGUACGGCUGCUACAUCACAUGUUCCCCUGCCCCAAACAACACCACUACCACCACGAGCAGUACCGAGAAGGAGGAAACAAUCGUCGCAAUGGGCCGCAUAAUAGGCGAUGGGGGAUGGUACUUCCACAUCGCCGACAUGGCCGUUUUGCCAGCGCAUCAGCGAAAAGGGCUUGGCGGGGCCGUGCUGAGGCACUUGUUGGCGUACAUCAAGGAGAAGGCGCCGCAAGACGGCACGGGGGCAUAUGUCACGCUGUUUGCGGACGCGCCAGGCAGGGCGCUGUAUGCGCGGAACGGGUUCGUCGAGACGACGCCGGGUCAGCUGGGGAUGAUGAUGCCUAUGGGGUGGGAGCAGCGAUCAGGGUAAUACAGAGUGGGUGGGGAGAUGUUGAGGAUGGACUGUGUGUGGGAGGAUCAUGCUGUGGUGCAUAUAGAAU